GACCGAGGCGGCAGCGAGCUGGGGAGAGGCACCCACGCGGCCACCACCCCCCCCGGGCAGCCACGCACUCCUCCACCCUCCCACCCAGCGCUCCACGCAGCCUCCCCCGCACGCCCGCCCGCCCAGCCGCGGUUAUCGGGGCUGGCGGGGGCAGAUAGAGGCUCCCUCGCCCUCUCGCCCGCCCGCUCGCCCGCCCGCGCCCCCCUGUCACGCUCUCGGAUGCGCCGCAGCCGCCGCAGCCCCGGGAGCCCAGGCGCGAGUCGGUGGCCGGGCGAGCGGAGCAAGCGCAGGGCAGCCCCCCGCAGCCCCCCGCGGCCGCAGGGAUGCGCUGCCCCCGGCCUUAGAGGGAAGAUCGGAGCCCCAGCGCGGUGGCGGAGCCCAGGGGGAUGUGGAAACACAGAGCAGCCACUGACCUCCCCUGGGAGCGUCUGUUCUUCUCGCGGAUCCAGCGUUCCCGGAUCUCCCUCCAGCAUCGUGGGCGUUUUCCCUUCCUCCCAGGCCAAAAUGGACAACGAGGUCCUGGGCUACAAGGACCUGGCUGCCAUCCCCAAGGACAAAGCGAUCCUGGACAUCGAACGCCCCGACCUGAUGAUCUAUGAACCUCAUUUCACCUACUCGCUCAUGGAGCACGUGGAGCUGCCCCGGAGCCGGGAGCGCUCCCUGUCUCCCAAAUCCAUGUCUCCUCCUCCGUCUCCGGAGGUUAUCCGGGAGUGGCUGGAGAGCCGCCCCCCCAGCAGCACCCCACUGCCCCCCUCGCGCCAGGGCACCGCCCCGACCCGCAGCAGCGUCCAGCACUUCCACCGACCCGAGACCGACACAACAGAGCUCAACAUUUACAAGAAGCCCCCGAUCUACCGGCAGAAAGACCACCAUUCCAGUGCCCACCACGGCAAGCACCUCAUAGAGGAUUUGAUCAUCGAAUCUUCCAAAUUCCCGGCGGCACAGCCCCCGGAUCCCAACCAGCCCGCCAAGAUCGAGACCGACUACUGGCCCUGCCCGCCCUCGCUGGCCGUCGUGGAGACGGAGUGGAGGAGGCGGAUGGCGUCCAAGAGAGGUGAGGAGGAGGAUGAGGAUCUGACGGAGGAGAUGAAGAACCUGCGGGAGCUCCAGCGGCAGGAGCUGAGCAAGGUCACCUCCAACCUCGGGAAGCUGAUCCUGAAGGAGGAGAUGGAGAAGUCUCUCCCGAUCCGCAGGAAAACUCGCUCGCUGCCAGACCGGACGCCUUUUCACACGUCCCUGCACACGAGCUCCAAGAGCUCCUCCCUCCCCGCCUCCGGCCGGAGCACCCUCACCCGGCUGCAGUCGGCGGAGUUUGGCUCGGCAGGGAGCGAGAAAGGCAGUCCUGCCCUGCAGAACGGCCAGCGCGGGCGCAUGGACAGAGGGAACUCCCUGCCCAGCAUGUUGGAGCAGAAGAUCUACCCCUAUGAAAUGCUGAUGGUGACGAACCGAGGCCGAGUGAAGCUCCCUCCCGGCGUGGACAGGACCAGGCUGGAGCGACACCUGUCCCCCGAGGACUUCCUGAAGGUGUUCGAGAUGUCUCCGGAGGAGUUCAGCAAGCUGGCCCUGUGGAAGCGCAACGAGCUGAAGAAGAAAGCCUUCCUCUUCUGAGCCCUCCUCGGCCCCAGCUCAGUCCGUGUCGCGCCGUGUAACCGCUUUAGGGCUCUCAGCCGGUUUUUAUUGGGGUCUCCCCCCAUUUCCC